CUGAGAUAGAUUUUAAAAAAUAGAUCUAGUAGAUCUAGAUCUACUUUACUUAAGAUUUAGACUCUAGAUCUACCAGUACCAGAGAGUACUAAUUUUAAGAGUCCACUCCAAACUCCAUGCCCCCAGCCCCAGCCCAGGACCAAGAAUCUUUUGCAUUUAUUUGUAUUGACAGUAUUGUGGAUAUAUAUAAACAAUUGCUACAUACAACUCCACUUGAAUCUCUGUCAGUUAGCUGGAGAUGUUCAUGUAAUGAAAUGCAAAUGCUUCUAAAAAAGCAUCUGCCGUCAGGCUCUGUUGGAAUUGCAUUGUAUGCAGAUAUAGAAAGUUCUAGAUCACAAAAGGAGCAAUGUCAAAUCAAAGUAUUAGCAGUAAUGGAAAAUCAGGGAGACAGAGUGUUGGUUUUGAUCUGAAUAGUUUCAAAGUAUCACUUAAUUUUGGAUUUUUAAUUGAGAACCCUUUAACAUCACUUCCAGCUUACUACAGUGCUUGGAACACCCUCACAGAGCAAUUGCCUGAAUUGUACAAAGCAAAGACAGUCAGGGAAGCUGUUCAUCAGCUGCCUUUAUUAGACUACAACCAACUGUCUGGUCACAGGCAGCUCAGAUUGGCCCAUCUACAACUCAGUUUUAUUACUGCUGGCUAUGUGUGGCAAAAUGGGGAUGCUGGCAUUCCAAAAUCCCUUCCAAAAAGCUUGGCAGUUCCUUUCUAUCACAUAUCUGAACUCCUUGGAAUUCAGCCAGUACUAUGUCACGCUAGUCUUGCUCUCGCUAAUUGGAGACUGAAAGAUCCUAAUGGAGCAUUUGAUUUUGAAAAUUUACAGUGCAUUUACCAUAUACCUGGUGGAUACAGCGGUGAUUGGUUCUGUAUCAUUCCCUUCAUGGUAGAGUUUAAUUUUGCUAAAUGCUUAAAGAAUUUUGUAGAGAUUUUGAAUCUGUUAAAUAUUGCUAAAGAAUUAAAUGCAAGAGAUAAAUCAAGGACCACCAUAGAGAACCAGACAGCCUUGCAGUUGGAUGAGGUGACAAAUGUGAUUCAUUUGAUGAAUAAAUCACUUGCAAGAAUGCAUGAUCAUUUGGAUGCUAAAACAUUUUUUAAUGAAGUUCGUCCAUUCCUUGCUGGAUGGGGGGGAGAAGGAACUCCAAUGUCAGAUGGACUUAUUUAUGAAGGCAUCUCGUCUACACCCAUUAAGGCUCUGGGGGGAAGUGCAGCUCAAAGUACAACACUGCAAGCAUUAGAUGGCCUGCUGGGAAUAAGGCACAAAGAAGGUCAAAAAGAGUUCUUAGUGAAAAUGAGAAAUUACAUGCCUCCUGAGCACAGAAGAUUUGUUGAAUACCUAGAAAACAGACCUUAUGGUCUACCUCACUUGGUUGAAUCAAGUACCAAUGAUGUCCUUAAGUCAUCAUACAAUAACUGUAUUACUGCUUUAGUUCAGCUGAGAACAUACCACAUUCAAAUAGUUUCCAAAUACAUUCUUGCAGCAUCAGUGGGAAUGAAUGAAGGCAAUUACAAAAGUCUGGACAGUAAAGGAACUGGUGGAACAAGUGUAAUGCCCUUCCUGAAAGUUGUUAGAGCAGACACAGAAACCAAAUUAAUUGGAUCAAGACAAUCUAAAAAGUUUUCCAAAAUGUCAUGGUUAACCAUAGGUGCAGUUACUGCAAUAGGAGGUGCAGUCAUUUUUGGAGCUGUACAGUUUGUGAAACAAAAGUAAGGUGUUUAUUGAAUCUACACUAAAACAAAAUUGUUAGUGGUUUUUGUUUUUUUUAUUAUUGCUGUGUAUUUAAACUUAAUUCUGCAUUUCAAAUUUUUCUACAAUUUUAAUUUCUUCACAAUAUUUUUACUUUAUGAGAUAACAUAUGUAUGAAUAAAAAAAUGCAGAAAUAAUGCAGUUAUAAAGGUCUUUAAAAGAUUUAUUAAAUGUAGGCAAGUGAAUAAAGUUCUAGACACUUAAUGCCAGAGAGAAAUUUAAAAUGAAAUGUUUUUUAAUUCAAUGACUUAUAAAUUGUAAAAUUUAUUAUUCUUCUAAAUUUUAGCAGUUUUCCGUUUUUUUUCAUCUGUCUAUUAGAACUGAUUAUGAUUUAGGAAAAAUAUAAAUAAUAGCUGUAACAAGCAAAAUAAAAACAAAGCUUAUAUUAAGUGUAAUUGCAUCAAUUAGUUUGGAUCAGUCAUGUAAUUAAAUUUUUAAUACAUCUAGCUAGACUAACAAUAAUAAACCUGUGUGAUUAGAAAUAUUUUUAGAAUAAGUUUUUGUUUUGCGCAAUUUCAUGCUUUUAGCUUUCUCAAUAGCUUUGAUCUUAUCACUUGUCUGGACUUGUUGGAAAGGGGGUGGGGGGUAGAAAGAAGGGGGUAUCUGGGUGAUCACUUUUUAAAUGUAUUUAUAAAAAAAAAGUGAGCAACCUGAAUUCGAACUUAAUUGCUAAGGCCUCCUUCUUCUACCUCAAGCCAAUACGGUAACCACUGUGCCAGGGAGCUGCUUAGGAAUGUGUUUAAUAGUUUUUUACAAACAUUAAAGGGGACUAAUUCAACUUAUACCACCCUAUCAGUCGAGUAAAAUUUCUUUCUUGCAAAACAAAAUAAUUAAUUACCAAUAGUUAAUGGAUUAAUUGGUUGAUUUUUUUUGUUGUGAUUCUUGUGUUGACAUGUAAAAGAAAUAAUUCUGAAAAAUUUCAGCUUGAUUGGGUGUGGGAGAAAUAAGGUGUACUAACUUUAUACAAAACAGAGUGAUUUGAUGUAAGCUUUGUAAAAAAAAAUGAUGUCCACUGUGGUUUGCUAUUGAUAUCACUAGAGAUUCAAAGUUUGUAUUAUUCUGGGUCCUUUCAGGAAAUUUAAUAGAUGUUAAUGUUGUAAUCUAAUGUUCUAAUAUCAAUACCAAGCUACUUUCUCUUAUUGAAAUACAAAAUUCUUGUGACACUAGAUAAUGCCUCCAAGAGAGCUUUACUGUUUAAUUGUUCAUAUUUUUUUUAUAUUGUGCCCUGGAGUUAUAUACAUUUAGUGAUGGUGAAAAACCUGUGACUGUGAAAACAAAAUUGUGAUAAAUCUUUCAGCCCUUUUGGGAAAUCCAUUCUAGUCUUGUUGGUUUUUUUUUUUUUUUUUUUUUUGUAGUGGAGGGAUCCCAAUAAAAAAGAAAGUUUUAUAGCUUUUGUCAAACAUUUAAACUUAAUAGCUUUGUAAACAUGAAUUCAAUAAACCAUUACAUCCCUACCACCCUCUUUGUAAAUUGUAACGCAUUUCAUCAGUAAGAUAUGUUCAUGUUAACUUGCUUAUGCAAGUUUUAUUUAGUUUGUCUUUGACACAUAAAUUAGAUAAAAAGUAUUUAUGUUGUAUUUUUGGUCAUUACUGUUGACAGUAGCUAUUUUUCUGUAUUGAAAGACCUACUUCAAUUGGAUUUUCUCUUUGAUUUAAUUUUAUAUUUUGCAGCAUUAAUUGUAAUGUUACUUUAGUUCUAAAACUUUGUUUGAUCAUAUAACUUCAUUAGAAACUGUAUUAGGUUAAAUAAUGUUUAGGGGUAUAUCUCUAAUGUAGUAAACAAGUUUUUUUUUUUAAACUAUUACAAUAGAUUUUUGUUGUUUUUUUUAACUAUUAGAUUAGAUUUUUUUGGUUAUUUUUUUAACUAUUUGAUUUUUUUUUUCUAACCAUAUUUUAUGUUUAUGUGGAAAAUAUGCAUUGGAAUAUUUAUAAAGCAUUACUAAAUACUACUUUUUUACUUUAUGGCUCAUAUACAAAAUUUAUAUACCUAGGUAUUUAUGUUAUACAUAUGGAAUAUUUAUACUGUAUUUAAAUAUAAUACUUUUUGUUGGGUGGUUCCAGAUUUAAUUAUUAUUAUGUGAUGUAUAUAUUUUACACAAUACCAAUGCAUAUAAUCAAUUAUACACAUUGAUUUCAAUGUUUGUAAAAUUAACUAUUUGUCAAUCAGUGUGAUUAUAGUCCAUAGGCUUACUACCUGCUACCUGCUAAAAUAAAACAUUUAAAAGGGA